GAAGUAAAGGGGCGUGGUAGGGAAAUGAAGGGACGUGGUGGGGAAGUGAAGGGGCGUGGUGGGGAAGGGCGGGCGUGUGGUCCUGGACAGUAAGGUGGCGAGAGGUUCACACGGUGUGCGUGGGAACCCGGCCGCUCACACACUCGCACACGCACUCACACAUGAACGCCACACGCCGCGCACACACACACACACACACACCCACCCACCAACCACACGCCUCCCACACACCCCACAAACUCGCUCCACACCCACCCCUCGAGCCUCCUAGAGAGGUGCCAGUGCCACGCACCGCCAAGAGGGCCACGGAGGGCCAGGGAGGAGCACCCGAAGGAGCAAGCGCCAGGGAAUUAAGAGUGGGGAGUGAUCGUACGUCUGGCGGGCGCGCGGAGGGACCCCCGGCACAUGGUUGUAUAUGAGGACGACCGCCGCCCGGCACACGACACUCCCCAGCCCGCCGUCGUCCCGCACACACGCACCGCGUGCUCUCACACACGCACGCACGUGCAUGCAUCCACAGUGCCUUGCGUUGAGGAUUACGUCAACAGUUGCCUCCUCCUCCCCCCCCCUCUCCUUGACCUAUUCCACCCCCACAUAACUUCCCCCUGUUUUUUUUUUACAUCAAAGUGCCUUAGUUAACGAAGUGACGAUAUCGAAACGUGACCAGUGUUCGAAUUUUCGUAUUUUCGAACAUUAUCAAGCGGCGGAAGCAACCUCUUACGAAGUGUCUUAUAUGAUUGUGAGCGGGCGAGGGGGGGCGAGUGGUGGAGGCCAACAGCAGCAGGAGCAGCAGGAGGCAGCUGGCCUGCCCCUCCACCACCACCACCUCCUCCAACAGCAGCAGCAGCAGCAGCAGCACCUCCUCCAGCAGCAGCAGCAGAUCCCCAACACCGCCACGCUGUGUAACAUGAAGAGAUCCUUGAGCGAGAGUGAUGGCGACGACAUCUAUUCUGGAGACGAGAAGGACGGGGAAGACUGCUCGUCCAGCGGAGGCGGCGGGGCGUCCCGCAAGCGGCGUCGGGGCAUCAUCGAGAAGAGACGCCGGGACCGCAUCAAUAACUCCCUGUCGGAGCUGCGUCGCCUAGUGCCGGCCGCCUUUGAGAAGCAGGGCUCCGCCAAGCUGGAGAAAGCGGAGAUACUCCAGAUGACAGUCGACCACCUCAAGAUGCUCCACACCAAAGGUCUGGACGCGCUGGCCUACGACCCCAACAAGUUCGCCAUGGACUACCACAACAUCGGCUUCCGGGAGUGCGCGGCGGAGGUGGCGCGUUAUUUGGUCACCAUCGAGGGCAUGGACAUCCAGGACCCACUGCGCCUGCGCCUCAUGAGCCACCUUCAGUGCUACGCCGCGCAGCGGGACCUCGCCAACAAGCAGGCGGCCUCUUCGUGGGGUUGGGGCACCUCGCAACCCCCGCCCACCCCAUCCUACCCCUCGGGGUCCUCCCUCAGUGGGUUCCAGGGGCACGUUCUGCCCCACCACGGCUCCUCCCACCACCCCUCGCCCCAUCACACCCCCAGUGUAGGUCUGGAUCAGAGUCACGGCAUGUCGGCCUUCAGCGCCCCGUCUUCCAGCGGCGCCAACGAAGUAGGGACUUCGGGCUGUAACCUCGGGGGUGGUGGGCAGGUGCCCAGGCUGCCCACUACUGGGGCAGGAGCGCCCCAUGUGCCCGCCGUCACCAUGAGCACCGCUUCAACGCCCCACACCAACUACCACCUCAACCUCAACGCCCACACCUUCCCCGCCAACGGCCCCUCCAAUAUACCCAACCUCAGUCUCUCUGGCAACCCUGCGGCCUACAACCCCGGGGGAUUGCAACCUGGGGGCGCGGGUGUCAAGCCCUACAGACCCUGGGGGGCUGAGAUAGCUUAUUGACGCUAACCACCACCACCACGCCCACCAACGCCGCCCACCGCCCCCAAACACGCCGCCCGCCACGCCUUUUUCAUCGUCAUUUCACCGUCGCCAGCCAUUACCAAAGCACUGUAUAUAGGUCAGUCACCCGAGGGCGUUGUGGCGCGUGAUGCAGCUGUUUCGUUCCUGUGGUGGGAAUGCUGAGGGACCAGACAUCGUCGCCACUCUCAUCACCACUACCACCAUCAUCACCACCACCAUCACUGUCAUUAUCACCAUUACAUCCCCAUUCCCUACUACCACACUCACCACACCAUCACUGCCGAGAUGCUAAGUUCAUUAGUUUUAGUGCAAUACUGUCUAGUGUAAAUACAAUGUAUAUAUAUUUUGUAAAUGAACAAGCUUCAUAUUUUUUAUGAAUUGUAAAAUAAAUAAAAACCAAAUAAACUAUUUUCAAGCCU